AAGCCAAUACUGCACCUCGGUUUUUUUUACAGAAGUUUCCUGCGCUGUUUCGUAUAGCAUGCGAGCUUCAGAGCGCUGAUAAUUACUUCGAGUGGACCGUUGAAGCACAAAAUAAAAGCAGGAUUGGCGACACCCCCGAUUUACUGGAUGGCGUAAUUUGAACUGUGGUAAAUUUUUCUAUUGCUGGAAGGAAAACCAAAACUUUCAGUUUGAAGUGCAUACACUUUGUCAUUUUGCUGCAGAGCUGUCGCGUAUAGCGUCUGUCUCACCACCCCGAUGGUCAGUCUACUUGUUCCAAGAAAUGUUAAAGCGAUAUUUUCGAAUUUCGCUUCCUCUUUCUUCAAAGGCGGGCCGGACAAAAUUGAUCCAGUCCGAUAAGAUGGCGAACGCUUGAGGUUUGUGUCCAUCGAUUGCUCGGAUUAAAAUUGGCGGCUGUGUCGUGGUUGUAGAACUCGACAGCUACUUCGUUUUGCCAUGAUCAGGCACGCGAAGGCCCCGGACCGGAUGCGCAUACGGCGCAGACCGGUGAAGGGGAGAAAAGAAGGCGAGGAGAGCGCCCCGACAACUCCUGCUACGCCGAUGGAUCACGGGGGAUCUGCGUAUGAUGACGAACAGCUCUACAUGUCACCGCGCUUGAACCAACAAGCAAUCGAGAGAUUCGAAAAGUUCGGGCGCGCAACAGAGGUUUGGAACAUUUUUGGUUGAAGCAAUACGUGACGUUGAUGUUCAGGAUGCUAGUGAUUAGAUUGAUAGGAUCAUAAGUAUGUUGAACCACCACUGAUCAGGAUCAGUGCCCUUUUUUGUACGACUAACCUUUUGUCGGAGUCGAGGUUUAUUCCACCUGGAAAGCUAUUAAACAGAACUUCUUAGCGUUUAUGGAGAAUUUGGAAAAGGCCGUAUCUACCGACGAGGAGGAGCAAGAGAUGCAGGAAGAGGUGGCCGAUGUUGCGGUCACCGUGGAUGGCGAGAAUGCGCCGGGGGAAAAGACACAAGACACGACAAGCAGCACCACCUCCAGCCGGGGACGUGCGGCGGAACCACCGACCACGAAAGUGUCUCCGGAGAUCGCGACGGUAUCCAGACCGCGCUCGAGCUCUGAACAGCUGCGCCGGGCGAUCAGCAAGGACUCCGAUAGUAGCAAGGAGCAAGUGCCCGUGGUCGCCUCGGAGUCCGGAGCGACGGUUCCCGACAGCUCAUCGGGGAUUCCGCGCGACAAUUCUAAAGCAGACUCGGAGGGCUCCAGAGGCAGGGCCGCGGAGAACAUCAAACCAAGUGGCACGUCUUCGCCCCAGCAAGGGCAGCGGCGACACUCCGCACCGGCCUUCAUUCGGACCACUUCGCAGGUUCUCAUGGAGAAGCUGAAGGCACAGGGCGAGAAGGCCACGAAGGGGAAGAACAAGCGACAGCUUGUAUUCGGCGGGAAGGCCGUGGUGGACGACAGCACUCACGACAUUCCGCAGUUGCGGAAACAGUCCGCCAAGGACGCGCUGCGCGCCCUCCGAACGCACUUGGCGAAGGCGAAGCCGGAAGACAUCACCAACGGCCGGGCCUUGGUGGAACUGCUUUUCGGCGCAGUGGCAGAGGUGGUGCAGACGAACCUGGAGGACGACAGCACGCAGGAUUGGUACCGCAAGACGGCGGGGAUGCACACCGUGCAAAAGUGGCUGGAAAACUACCAGAAGCACCCGUACGGGUGGGGCGCGCUCAUGAUGAUCCACGGCACCGACGAGGUUUGCUUCCGGCUGCGCACAAAGGUGGAGAACUACGCGGUCUACGCGGCUCUGUUUCUCAGCGCCAGCAUCGUCCUCAUACUAGCGCCCCAGGAUUCCGUUGGAUCGCUCUGCGAAAAGGCGAACUCGGAAAAACUUCGUUCAGAAGGUAUGGUUGAGGAGCUUUAUUUCGACCUUUUUGUUUUUCAUUUUUUUUUCCGUUGGUCAAGCGGAAUUGAUGCUCUAUUUCUUUUUUUGAGAGCUUUAGGAGCUGAAAUGUAGAUGUCCAUAGCACAAAAAUCAGGUGAUCCGUUUUGGUGGGUGUGUCACAUGCAGCAGAGGAUUUAUUUCUACUCACUGGCGGGAGCGACCUGUUCGCACGUGUUGGCUAUUCUGCUCGCAAUGGCCUUCAUCAACGCCUUCAACGAAGCAGGUACCGCUUUUCGUCGCCUUUUGUUUCGUGAAACCUAUUUUUGCAACAGAAAAAUUAGUUUGCGACGAUGUAGUGUCAACUGCCCGUCGUCUUGCGUGAGCCGAAACUAUCUUUCAAAAACAGGGCGCGACUGCGACAUUAUCCGGAUGUUCGGCGAGGGCAAGGGUUACCUUGCCACGGUGAAGUGCGAAAAAGCGUUUACCUACGGCCUUUGCCUCCUCUUCCUGGCACUUUUCGACGCGGUGUGGAUUUUCUUGAGCAUAUUCGACGCGGUGGGGCUGUUCCUGGUUUUGGGCUUCGUCUGCUACUACGGGGUGUACAAGGAAACCGUGAAGCUGCUCUUCGAAUCCUCCUCCAUAAUGUGGUACUGGCGCUGGGGCCGGGGCCACGCGUCCGGCCGGGACCCGUUUGUGUUGUCCCUGCCCAUCGAAAGGCUACAGCAGAAGACCGCGGUGUCCCGACUCAUGCACGCACAGCUCGUCGACGACGUCGAAAAUAUUUGGAACAUCACUUGAGGAAGUGAUUGAAUUAUUACUUUUUGGAAAAUUGAUUUGGAAUUGUUAACACUGUACAAUCAUUUCUUUGUCAAGACAACCACGAUGACAACUCAAGCUGCAUUCGUGGUGCACGAACACCAAAUCCAUGUACGAUUCUUGGACAAAAAUUUGAAAAACAUGCACACCUUUUUUUGGCAAAUGAAAGAUUCGUGCAAGAAAUAAUGCAUCUAUCAUUGUUUCUCUCGUCAACCUACCCCGACCCUGUACACGAAGAGAAACCACUACCCGAGGUAUGGUUUCCCAUUUUGCGGUUCUCGGACUGCGCACCUCUCCCCCGAU